AUGAGCUUCACACAAUCCAUAUCACGAUGGGCUUCCGUCCUACUCCUGCUGUGUUUGGGACUGGCGCACGCUCACACCGUCAUCACGUACCCUGGUUAUCGAGGAAAUAACCUCCACACCAACGGCACCGUCCAGCAAGCUAAUGGUCUUGGUGUUUCCUACGAUGUCAAGAACGGCUCAUACAUCUACCCAUACGGCAUGGAGUGGAUUUAUCCCUGUGGUGGUAUGCCCAGGUCGACCAACCGAACCAAGUGGCCCGUCAGCGGUGGUGCCGUCGCUUUCCAGCCGGGCUGGUUCCCAGGCCACGCCACUGCCCUGAUCUAUGUCAAUCUCGGCUUCGGUGAAAUCCCAGAAAACAUGAGCCACCCGGUUGUCCCGCCCUUCCAGAUCGUCGGCCCGACCAACAACCCUUACCCUGGUACCGUGUGUCUGCCCCAGGUGCCUCUGCCGGCCAAUAUCUCCGUCAGCCCGGGUGACUACGCCACAAUUCAGCUAGUCGAGACAGCCAAGCACGGCGCUGCGCUAUUCAAUUGCGUGGACAUUGAGUUCGCAGAAGAUGGCGAUGCAUCCGUUGAGGCGGUCACUCGCGACAAUUGCUUCAAUUCAUCGGACAUCUCUUUCGAGUACAUGUACACCACCAGUUCAAUCGGUUCGGGGGCGGCGAUGCUACAGCCUCCGAAACUGUCGGCUGCGGCUGUCGUACCGCUGUUUCUGGCUGUCGCCUUCGGGUUGUACAUGUCGCUGUGUCCUAUUGCUCAGUCAGAUGACGGUAUCUCAACUCCAAGGUCUGUAGUAGUUGGGUUUUGCGACGUGGUACCCAUCGAAAACAACUCACUCGAAGCAGCACUCGCCUCGACAAAAAUCAAAAAUCAGCUUGGUUUAUCCAACCCACCUACUAUGCCUCCUAACCUCCACCUAUAG